AUGGCUCAGAGUCCCCAGAAGUCUUACACAGAUAUGAGACAGAGGGACUUAGAGUUUCAAGUUAAUGAUGGGGUGUUUCUUAAGGUUGGUCAUGUCGCUUAUGAGCUUGAGUUGCCGCAAGACUUUGUUGCUGUGCACCCAGUAUCCCAUGUGUCCAGGUUAAGAAAGUUCUUGGGAGACCCCUCGUUGGUUGUCCCGACUGAUAGCAUAAUAGAAAAUGAUAGCUUGACUUACGAAGAAGUCCCAAUGGAAAUCCUUGAUCAUCAAGUUCGCAAGUUGAGAACGAAAGAAGUUGCCCCAGUAAAGGUUUUAUGGAGGAGUCAGAAAGUUGAAGAAGCUAUGUGGGAAGAAGAAGAGGACAUAAAGUCCAGAUAUCCCCAUCUAUUUGAACAGUCAGCAGAAAAUGUUGAAGUCAGUUUAGUAGUCACUCAGGCCAGUGUUCAUUCAGUCAGUUCAGUAGCUGUCCAGUUAAGCAAGCUAAUCAAUUUAGUAUCCCUUUCGGUUCAGUUUUCAUGUGUUCAUAUUAGUUAG